AGCGCGGAGCGCGGGAGAGACGUUCCGGGGAGAGAAGUGGCCGGGCAGAGAAGGGCUCGAGGCGUCGCCCCGGGACUCCUUCCCCAGGGCUGCCCCGGGCUGUGGGGAGCCAGCUCUGGGACGGGCUGUGGAGAGCUCUGGGACGGGCUGUGGAGAGACAGAGAACACCAUGGAGUGAAUUCACCCCUGUCUGGAUUUGCAAGUUAAUUGUGAUGCAACAAAGAUGUUUCCACAUGCGGGAGCUACUUCCAUGUGGGCUUCCUGCUGCGGAUUGCUGAAUGAAGUCAUGGGGACGGGAGCAGUGCGUGGCCAGCAGGCUGGGUUUGGGGGAGGUGCUGGCCCAUUCAGGUUUACACCAAGUACAGACUUCUCAGCGUAUCCAUCUCCAGCUGCAGCCAGCACGAACAUCGUCUGCAAAGCCUGUGGACUUUCCUUCUCAGUUUUCAGGAAAAAGCACGUGUGCUGUGACUGCAAGAAGGAUUUUUGCUCCGUUUGUUCAGUCUCACAAGAGAAUCUCCGGAGAUGUUCCACUUGCCACUUGCUGCAAGAAACAGCCUUCCAGCGACCUCAGCUAAUGAGAUUGAAAGUGAAGGAUCUGCGUCAGUACCUGAUUCUCAGGAACAUCCCAACAGACACCUGCAGAGAGAAGGAAGACCUGGUGGAUCUGGUGCUGUGCCACCACGGAUUGGGGUCGGAGCAGGACAUGGACGCUGGCAGCUUGCGCUCGUCACGCUCACAGACCUCGGGGUUUUUUACUCAUCCCUUUUCCACGUCUGUAUCCAUGUCCAAUCCAGGAGAACUCGCAAACAGAAGGGGAAGCACAGGAAGUGGAACACCUUCACGGGGCCAAACGGAAACAUCUAUAAAUAAUGAAGAAGAAGAAAGUGCAGAAGAGCAGACCCCUGGACUGUCCAGGAAGCGAGCGAGGGCGUCGCUGUCCGACAUCUCAAGCCUGGAAGACAUCGAAGGGUUGAGUGUUCGGCAGCUGAAGGAAAUACUGGCCUGUAACUUUGUCAACUACUCAGGAUGCUGUGAGAAAUGGGAACUUGUGGAAAAAGUGAGCAGAUUGUACAGAGAGAGCGAGGAAAACCACAAGACACAGGGUGAGAAGAUGCAGCUGAACGAGGACGACGACAACCUGUGCCGGAUCUGCAUGGACGCGGUGAUCGACUGCGUGCUGCUGGAGUGCGGCCACAUGGUCACCUGCACCAAGUGCGGGAAGCGCAUGAGCGAGUGCCCCAUCUGCCGCCAGUACGUCGUGCGCGCCGUGCACGUCUUCAAGUCCUAGGCCAGCCCCGGCUCCCGGGGGUGGCAGCGCUGAGCCCCGGCAGCCCCUCAGCCCGUCAGUUCUCGGUUAGACACGGCCCUCGAGCGCCAGGUUCGGUUCUGAAGUUUGUGAAAGGUUUUUCUAACCCCCCCUCCUGCAGGGCAGGGCAGGGCUGGGCAGGCCGAGGCCAGGCCUUUGUGUGCAGGGCUGGCGCUGCCCCGCUGAGCUGAUCACCCUGUCGGGGACUGUUGGAGUCAAACUGUUUACAGCAGCUCUUGCUCUCUUCUGAAGAAUCUCCUUACACGUUCAGCACUCGGCGAGUGGUCAGCAAACACCUCUGCUUGAGCCUGUGACGUUCUUAGUGCAUUAGAAGCAAUGAAUAUAUCAGUUGAAUAUUCAGCUUUUCCCUUACUCUAGAAUGUACCUGUCCCGACACGGGGUCGGGCACGGCUGUAGGAAGCACUGCCAUGAACUGUAUCUGCACAGAAGCCCUUAAGCAAUCUGGCUGUGUGCUGAUUGCUCCUUCUGAAUGUCUGUCAUGACACAAUGUGCUGUCUUGGCUGUUCUCUGUCAAUGUACAAAACACUCCGUCACUUUGCAGGGCUCAGGGGCUGCACGGGGCUCUGCCAGGUGGGCUCCAAAAACCAGUUACUGGGUGGUUUUGGGAUGAGGAAGAAAAUAUUUUUUUAAAAAGGGGUAUUCUAGCAAACCAUAUUAUUAGUGUGGUCCUUAAUCCGCUCAUGCCUGUUGUAACUAUUACUCUGUGAUGAUUGUACUCCAUGUGCCGACAGCCUGAUGUUACUGUGAACACUGAUCAGGGUCACCACCUCCUGCUGCUAACGUGGAAUGUGUGGCAUUACUAACCUUAACAGGGAAGGGGGCAGGUGGGAGCAGGGAAAGGAAACGCAGGUUUGAUUUAAAAACCUCUUGUUCAGAGACUUUCACCCCAAGGCUGAGUCACCAAAACCAGCUUCCCAGGGGCUGCUGGGGCCCCUGUGUCGCUGCCAGCCCUUGGCCCAGGGCUGAGCUGGGCUUUGUGCCAUCAGCACAGGUACAGGAAGGUCCUCUUGGAGCAGGAAUUGUAGGAUACCUGUGAGGGAUGACCUGGGGAAGAAGAGGGGCAAGGGUUGCUCCUGUUGGGGAUCUGGGAGGAUCCCUGUGGCCAAGCUUGGCCAUGACAGAUUGGUUAAGAUCUCUGU